AUGUUGUCGCGUCUUCGCACGACGCAGUGGCUCGCGGAUUUUGAGACUACACGGCACGAGGAUUCCCCUAUCCUCAUGCAUACAACAAUGCAAUCGCUAGCAGCCCUGGCGCUCGCUCUCCUCGCUCACGGACGCAUCAUCGACCUCAAUUCUGAGCCGUUAGUGCAAGAUCUCUACGACUAUGUCAUUGUCGGAGGUGGUACAGCUGGGAUGGUGAUAUCCAGUCGGCUAUCUGAGAAUCCAUCCGUUCGUGUCGCAGUACUCGAGGCUGGCGGGAGUGGCAUCGGCAACGAAAACAUAUCCUGCCCGGGUCUCAUUGCAGCCGUCCUGGGAACGCAAGUCGAUUGGAACUUUAAGACCGUGCCCCAGCAAUUUGCCGCUAACCAAAGCAUAACCUGGCCACGGGGGAAGGUCUUGGGUGGUAGCACGGCGAUCAACGGGCGAGUGUUGACCCGCGGAUCAAAGGCUGAAUACGAUGCCUUCGAGAAGCUUGGUAAUCCAGGGUGGAACUGGGACUCUCUGCUGGCCGCAGUCAACAAGGCAGAGCAUCUUCACUUACCUUCCCAACAUCUCGAAGACAAAUACCGUUAUCAAUUUGAACCUAAUUCUUACGGCACGGACGGGCCGCUGGACCUCACGUUCUCGCCCUGGUGGUCGACGGCUGUUGAGCACGGCUUCUUUCCAUCUGCACAACUACUGGGACAUCCGCUACUCCCGGACGGCAACGAUGGGAAUGCUACCGGGCUGCGUUUCAUUCCCGCACACGUUCAUCAGACUGGCAGGAGGACCACUGCUUUUACCGCAUACUAUGAUCCGAGUCGCCCAAACCUUGAUCUAUACACUUUUGGUCGGGUCUCCCGGCUCAUCUUUGCCGGGACCGCGGUUCCGUUAACGGCCACUGGAGUCGAGUUCAUCUGUCCCAACGGGACGAUCGGCACGCUGCGGGUUUCCAAGGAGGUUAUCGUGUCCGCCGGGACGGUGCAAGCGCCGCAAGUUCUAGAACUGUCAGGGAUAGGAGAUCCCGCAGUGCUAGUGCCGUUGGGCAUUGAUGUUUUGUACGCUAACACAGGGGUUGGCGCGAAUCUCCAAGACCAUGUCAUCGCGAACUCGGUUUGGGCGUUGAAGCCCCAGUAUUAUUUCCAGACAUACACCGCGCUAGAGGAGAAUGCGACCUACUUUACUGAGUCCUUGAACCUAUGGGCAAAGCACGGAGUUGGGAUCAUGGCGAGUUCUACACCUCAGCUCCAAUACUCGUCGCUGUCCCAGCUCGUGGAUGAAGACGGGAUGGAAGAAGCGCGCAAGCUGCUCGCAUCUAAGCCCUCCUGGCUAUCAGACGCGCAAUUUACGGUGCUGAAGAGUCACAUUCUCGGCGACAACCCAAUUCUUGAAUACUGUCCCAUCCCGGUUCAAGGAAGCAACGUUCCGGAGCCUGGAGUUGGCUAUCUCCUAUUCCAGAACGCGAUGCAGCACGAACUUUCAAGGGGCACAGUUCAUAUUAACACCUCUGAUCCGCUGGCUGCACCGGUCAUCAAUCCAAGAUAUCUAGAAUCCGAGUUCGAUACCUGGCUCAUUGCCCAAGGGAUGAUGCACUUGCGCAAAAUUACUGAGCAGAAGCCAUUCCAGGACGUCCUCGAUGGAGAAGUCCUUCCUGGAAAUCAUCCGAUAGGAACCGCCUCCAUGCUCCCCGAAUCGGACGGAGGGGUUGUCGACCCAGAAGCUCGCGUCUACGGCACAGCAAACGUCAGAAUUGCGGACGCGAGCGUGAUUCCUAUGCACAUCUCCGCGCAUACGACGAAUAUAGUCUACGCAUUCGCAGAGCGCAUAGCGGAUAUCAUCAAGGGCACUUCCUGA